AUGGCAGAGAUGCGGCCGGGGCCGGCGGCUGGGCUGCAGCUCAGCGCGCUGCCCGACCACUCCCCGCUGCUGCAGCCCAGCCUGGCCGAGCUGCGGCGCCGGGCCCGGGCGUCGGGCGCUCCGCCGACGCCUCUGCCACUCACCGACUCCUUCCUGCUGCGGUUCCUGCGCGCCCGGGACUUCGACCUCGACCUGGCCUGGCGGUUACUGAAAAAUUAUUAUAAGUGGAGAGCAGAAUGUCCAGAAAUAAGUGCAGAUCUGUGCCCUAGACGUAUUCUGGGACUUCUGAAGGCUGGUUACCUCGGAGUCCUGAGAGCCAGAGAUCCCACUGGCAGCAAAGUUCUUAUUUACAGAAUCGCACAAUGGGACCCAAAAGUUUUCACAGCUUAUGAUGUUUUUCGCGUAAGUCUAAUCACAUCCGAGCUUAUUGUACAGGAGGUAGAAACACAACGGAAUGGUAUCAAGGCUAUCUUUGAUCUAGAAGGCUGGCAGUUUUCUCAUGCUUUUCAAAUCACCCCAUCCGUAGCCAAGAAGAUUGCUGCUGUUCUUACAGAUUCCUUUCCAUUAAAAGUUCGUGGUAUCCAUUUGAUAAAUCAGCCAAUAAUUUUCCAUGCUGUCUUUUCCCUGAUUAAACCAUUCCUGACUGAAAAAAUUAAGGAACGGAUUCACAUGCACGGGAACAAUUACAAACAAAGCUUACUUCAGCAUUUCCCAGACAUUCUUCCUCUGGAAUAUGGUGGUACAGAAUUCUCCAUGGAGGGCAUUUGUCAGGAGUGGACAAAUUUUAUAAUGAAGUCUGAAAAUUACCUCAGCAGCAUUUCACAGAUCAGUCAAUGAGAAGAAGUUACUUAAUGUCAAUGACUUCCUAAUUGUAAAUACAUGAGUGAGAUCCUACCUGAUUAUAUGAAUGAAAGAAAAAAAAAUCCUUUAAGCUAAUUAACAUUUUUCUGAUUGAUCUUUUAAAAUGUAAAACUCUUCUGACAUGAGCAACAUGGAUAUUUGGGAAACUUCUUGACUUUUUAAAUGCAUUUUCUGUAUCUUUCAAGUAGUUAAAGGAUUCCUGAUUUUUAUACUUGAAAGCAU